CUUAUUCUGCUCAUGGCGCUUUUUUCGAACGACAGACCGAAGGAAUGUCAACAGAAUUUAUUGUUAGAUCUUGUAAUGUUCCAGGAGUAGAAGAUAAUGAGAGGUCAGGAUGAAGUUGACAAUUGUACUCCUCCUUUAUCUAGUAGGAAGCAGUUAUUCUCCAACACGGCCUCUAGAAGAAGCUCAAGAAGAUUCACUCCAUAUGGCCGAACGCCUAAAAGUAGACAGUUAAAAGGUAAAAACUAUGAAAUACUUUCAAAGGGAACAGCUGAAAGAAGUAGGGCAAGAGAAAGAAGAUCAACUGUUGAAACUGAUGAGGAACAUGAAAGUAACCUUAAAGGUUUAACCAAUAAGUCAUGGAAGUUAUUUAAGAUGACACCCCUGUAUAAAUUCAAAACAGAAUCGUCUCAACUGAAGAAGUACAGUAGUCAAUUAUCAGCACAUAUAGAAGCGGAAAGACAGAAAGGUUUAUUUAUAGAUAAUACCACAUCCAGUAAAGCUUACAUAAGUACUUAUAAUGGACUUCGUGUCUCAGCAGCUGACAAAGAAGCUGUCCAGAUUUUGAUCAAAGGACGAAAUCGUGGAGGUUUUGGAGAUGAAACAGUUCUAUUAACGUCUUUAUUAUGUAGUGUUGAAAUGGAACAUAAUCCAGUAGAGCCUAAGUUACGGGAUAAAUUUGCAUAUUAUCCUUUACUAAUGGUGAAAGGCCUGGUAUCUCUUACUGAUGGAUUAAUUACUUGGAUGCAGAGUCAUUUUGACUGUGUAAUCACACCCAUGAUAUUUUCUGCCCAUGAUCUUGCCUGGAUGGUUGCCAUGUGGAGUGGCACAACUACAGAACCAGUUCAUAAAAGUAAACCUGUGGAAUUGUUGUACAAAACUCCUUCGGAUUGUAAAGGGAUUGAUAAAAUAACAUUUACUAUAGAGUCUACAGAUGUUAAAGAUUUAUGGGAUAGAAUCCAUGAUGAUAAAGGAUCAGAAUUUAGCAGUGAGGAGGUGACCAUGUUUAUAAACAGCCUAGAAUCUCAUUUUCACUCUUUGUUCCGAGUGAAGCUGUCAGCUUUACAGUUAUACAGUGUAGGAACCUCAUUAUCCUAUAUUGGUGAUGUUGGAAGAUUAAAGAUAUUUUCUGCAGACCAUGUUUUAUGGAUACUGAGAUAUCUAACAGUUUUAUCCUUAGAACAUUUUACACAAUCUUGUAGUUAAUACUUAAAUGACUUAAGUUUUAGCAUAAUUAUUUUAUUGAUUAUUUUUGUGGUUGUUUUAGAAAUAACAUAUUAUGCAUAUGGGCGGCCAAAUAAAAAAAACUAGGCAAGGCCAACUAGUUUACAUGAAAUUAAAUUUAUAGAUCUAAUAUAUUGUACAGGUUUUCAUGCAAAGUGCUUUUGACACAAAUAGCCUUUAUUUCUGAAAUAGUCCUUACAUACAUAACAAAACAGAUUCAGUUAAACCUCAUUUCACUGCUCUAUUUUGUGUUAACCACCAUGAUCCAAACCGUGGUCCCAUGAUGAUUGUACUAGAUUUAUUACCAAAAUCUUAAUAAUAUGUAUCUCAUAGGAAAGCAUGUAAUGAUUUUAUAAAACAAGGCUUUAUUUUAACAGAUUUUUUUUUAUAAAACAAUAUCUUAUCGGCCAGUAAAAACAAGUAAAUAUCAAACCUUCACAAUGUACAGUUUAGUGUUGGAGAAAGGCUAAUUUAAAAGAUUUAAUAAAGAUAAUAUGCUCAACAGAGAAACUAACUUUGAGUAGAAAGAAAAAAAUGAAGAAUAAGCUGAACAGUAUGAGAAUUCUUGGUAAUAGCAAUUGAUUUUACUGUAGAACUAAAUUUCAUAAAUGGUAGAAUAAACACCAUACAAGGAUUAAAUUCUAGACAAUUUACAUGUUUAGUAAAAGUUCAGUAAAAUGAUGUUAAUAUUAAGUUUGUAGUUCAAAUUAAUCAUUGUUUUCAAAACAAACAUAAUAAAUUUGAAUAUAUAUUUUAUACUUUCUAAGGUUCAGGAAAUUGUUACAGAUUAUUAUAAAAUAGUUUUUAAAUUUGCUUAAAUACAUUUUUUUUUAAAUGCUGACACCAUAACUUUAGCAAGUUUUUAAAAGUUUUUAAUCUAUAUUCAAUUCUGAAAUUACAAUUUGACAUGAUUAAUCAAUAAUGGAUGAUAGUGUAGUUUUUGAGAAAAGUUUGCUGCCUUCAGACAUGAAGUAUUUCAACAUCUGUGAUAUUUUCUAGACUUUGUGUGUAUUACUUCCAAGCAAAUAUUACAAUGUAAUUGAAAGGUAAUUCUUAAAAUUACAUGGCAAAAUGGCAAUGUAAUUCAUUACUUUCAAUUACAUGUAAUUGAAAAUAUGCUCAAUUAAACAUUACUUAAAAUUGCUUUUAAAUUUGUAAUUAAUUACAUGACAGUUAUUACAAUUGCAUUUUAUAUACCACAGGUCUGGUUAAGAAAUGAGACUUUCAGGGGCAUUAGGUAAAUCACUGAAUAUGAAACGAUUAAUUAUUGUUUGCUUAAUGAGCACUGGCUAUUAUUUCAUGUAUAUUUUCGGGACUAUGAAAAAAAUUACCAGUACUGCUAUUCCACAAAUAAUAAUGAAUCCACAGUAUUAAAUAAAUCUAAAUAUAGAAGUCAAUGAGUCAUCAACAACACAUAAGAAAUUUAGAGGUCAACAUAGAAAAGUUUAAAUAAACUUAAGAGACUAUCAAAGAUCAACACAAUUUGUUAGAUUCAUUGUGAAAGAAAACAGCAGUAUUACUU